AUGAUUCUUGGUCGUGUCCAUAGAGCUUAUUACAGCACUGGUGUAACCCAGGAUUUUUUGCAAAGUAUUUUGGCCAGAGCACAGGAAGCAACUGCGAAGAAAUCUGCUCCUCCAAAACCCAAACGAGUCAACGAAAGAAAAUUUGCCAAAGGUUCCAAUGGACCAAAUCGUCGCCGUAAUGAUCAACAAAAGGUUUCUGGCAAUGUAAAUCCAAGAGUCAAGCCAACUUUUAACCACAGCAUUGUUAACAGGCAGCCUCAAUUUGAGAGAAAGAAUGCUGCAAACGCCAAGACUGCGGUAGCUGGGGAAGAACUGAUUGACGCCUUUGAAGCUACUAGCGAUUCUGCCAAGACGCAGUCUAGAAAUGGAAAGCAACUAAUAAGAAGGAAACCAGUGAGAAGUAGAGAAGCUGCUGGGUUAGCCAAAAAAACAAGAAAUAACGCAGAUAAAGGGCCUCUUACACCACCAGUGAAACCUCGCUAUGUCCAAGAGGCAUAUGUUCCGCAGGAUCCAACAGUCACUUCCCUACUUAAAUUUUUCCCGGGUCUCCCAAACACGCCCACAUCCAGGUUGAUCAAUUACUCUCUCGAUUUGAUGCGUUCUGCAGAUUUCCCACUAUACAGACGCGCAAAUUACGGUUACGUGGAGAAUCCGCAAGACGUUCCUAAGAGUAUGACUUACAGUCUAAGGACGCCAUAUUUCGGCCAGUAUACGGGAUCCGUUCCUUUGACUUUUGAAAAAGAGAGAUUAUACAAAAACCUGACAGUAGAGGCUGAUCCAGCAAAGUUCGAUUCCGUUGUUCUGGGCAACUACCUAAAAUUGAAGCCUGCACAAAAAGAUGACUUUAAGUCCAUGGCUAAACAGGACGAAAAGAGAGAAGAAUUGGCUAUGAAUGGUAAUGUUGUUAGAAGAAGCCUGCAAGGUGUUGAUAUUGAUACUGAUAGAAAGCAAUCAGUUUAUCAAGUGUGCUCUGGUUUGAAACCAAUCGCUGAGUUAACGCGUUGA